AUGUCCUCCAAGCUGGCUCCUCCUCAGCGCGUUUUAAUUGUAGGUGGCGGUGAGUUUGGCGCCACAACCGCUCUAGAACUCGCGAGGGGACCGUACAAAGGCCAGGCGCACCUCAUCACCGUUCUUGACCGCUGCGCCACACCACCUGCGACCGAUGCUGCGUCCUUCGACUACAACAAGGUCAUCCGCCAAGAGUACAGUGACCCAUUGUACGCCAAGCUCGCCCGUGACGCUAUGGUGGGCUGGCGAGGCGAGUGGUCCCAGCACUACUACGAGAGUGGGGUUGUGGUGUCCGCGGCACGGGACUCGUCCGAGGCUGCCAAUGUAGACAAGUCACUUGCUGUCACACGCCAGCCGGAUAUGAGGACACCGGGCAAGUCUGCGCGUGACCUCCCGGCUCGAAAGGACGUCGAGAACGUGUACCCUGCCGACGUCAAGCUGGGCACCUUUGCGGAUGGUCGUGCUUACUUCAACGAGGCUGGUGGCUGGGCAAACGCGCGAGGUGCCACGGAGGACGCAGUCGCCAAAUGCCGCGCUGCGGGAGUACAGUUCCGCGCAGGUACUGCCAAGGAGCUCAUUAUUGACGAGCGCACCAAUAAAGUCACUGGUGUGACCACUGCUGAGGCUGGUGACCGUCACAUUGCCGACAAGGUUGUCCUGUGUAUGGGAGCGUGGACGCCCACGCUCGUUCCUGAGCUCCAGGAACAGUGCCUUCCUACAGGCCAGGCUGUUGCGUUCAUCCAACUCACGCCGGAGGAGUAUGAGCGCUACAAGGCUGCACCCGCGACCUGGGUUGGUGAUAUCGGAUUUUACAUCUUCCCCCCCACACCCUCCGGUCUGCUCAAGUUUGCCAUCCACCAAAAGGGCUAUCUGAGCCCGACAGACACUCUCCCUUCUGUCCCACGCACCCACCUCAGUCGUGGGUAUGAGUUCCAGCGUAUCCCAGACGAUGCCGUUACGAAGCUCAAGGCUGGUCUCGCACGUGUAUACCCCGAGUUUAGCGAUAGGGUGUGGACCGGUACUCGUCUGUGCUGGUACAGCGACCGGCCCAGUGGUGACUUCCUGUUCGACUACCACCCCAAAUACAACAAUUCGCUCUUUGUGGCUGCAGGCUGCUCUGGCCAUGCGUUCAGUAGGUGUUUCCAGUCUUUGAUUGGGCUGAUUGUCGUAGAAUUCCUCCCCGUCAUCGGAAACCUCAUUGUCAAAGGCCUCAAUGGCGAGCUGCCCAAAGAGUACGCCGACGUCUUCGCCUUCAACCACCGAGUCCCGUCUCGCGUCGAUGACUCGCGCCUGUUCUCGCAGCAUGUGGUCUUGAAGUCGACACCCAUGAGAGAGAUCAUCUCACCGCCGGGGCUCGACCUCAUCUCCACUGCAGACAUUACGUCAGAGUACGAGACAACUUGGUCAGCGUACUAUCCAUUCACAGCCAUCGUAUGGCAGCAACCGCUAUCUCCUUGGGCAAUCGCGGCGCUGCCAAAGGACGCGAUACGGGACCAGGAUAAGGCGACGACGACCUUUGAUAGCCUUCGAUAG